AGUGGGUCUUUUUAAAGUGAAGUCAAACGACAGUGAAUUAGCUUUAAACCAUUUAUUAACGCCAGUGAAAAUUUCAUUCGCAGCCAUAUUGUUUGGAAGCUCCUCUAAAAAACGUUUUGCGUCAUCACGCUGGUUAAUUAGCUGACAGAUCCUUGCAGAUAUGUACACAACAUUGUUGCCAGAGCUGUUCGAGAGACCUUAACCUUCAAAACUUUAUUGUGUCGGAUUACGAUUUUUUUGGCAUCAGGUCCGCAUCAGAGUCAAAGUAUGACCGAGAGAGAUUGGAGGGUGAAAAGAAGCGAUGAUGGAGCAUCUAUGAGUGUUCUAUAAAGGGUGCUGUAUGCAUAGGGGAUAGUAGUAAUAUACAAGCUACUGAAGGUUUGUUGCAGGGACGCCUACCUAAGUUUAGCUGUUAAUGUACAAUGAAACAGAGUUACUAUAAACAGAAGUCAGGAACUGAGCUUCGAAGACAAAGAAAAAGUGUUGCUCCCAAUGAUUUUGAGGAAACUGAAUUCAUUUUCCAUCAAAGUGAUGAUAGUGACAACGAUUUCCCUUUACACUCUAAGAAAGAGGAGCAUUAUGUUGAAAAAGAACUUCAACAAGGAGACACGUUACAAUCACUAUCCCUGGAUUUUAAUUGCUCAAUUGCUGAGCUGAAGAGAAUCAAUAAAAUUCAUAAGGAAAAUGAAAUAUAUGCAUUGAGAAUAGUGAAGAUUCCAAUUAAACCUGGUUCUUUCAUAAUAGAGAAACUCCAGGCAGAAAAUAUCAAACAUAAUGUAAAAGAUGACUCACUGACACUGACAGCAGAGAUCCAUAGCACACAUGCGGAAGCUGAUCUCUCUCGCAGGUUAGCGGCCAACAGCAUUCCUCCAUCUUUACCGCCAGAUGAAGAAAACUUAAAAAUAUUUGACAGCAAGCAGCUGGUUAGCAAUGCUCUGAGCCAUUUAAAUAACCAGUCUACAAACUGUAUACUGAAAGGUGAUAUACAACUAAGUGAUGACAGAAGGGACUUAAAUGAAUUAACUGAAAUGCCAGUAUCAGCGCAAGAUACAAGCUCAUUGUGGCGAUGCAAUGGAGAUGAUUGUGGAUUAUCAUGGAAACCACUACUACUUUUCAUCUUGUCACUUGGCUUGGCAGGGCCUCUCCUGUAUAUUAUUUACAUUGCAGAGAAAAGAAAUCCUACAUAAAAAUUCACAGUAUUUUAGAUCAACCAGUGGCAUCAUUAUUUAAGUGCUGCUAAAUCUGUUUGAAAGGGUGCUGUAAAACAAGUGGAAACCAGUUAUAUAAAAUUUCUAAGACAGAAUUUUGUGUUUCUUACUGUCUCACUUCCAACUUAUUUCAUCACCACGACCUAAACAACAAAAGGAAAUUUUCUACUGUAAUCAUGAAAUAUUACUUGUAUGUUAAAGCUUAAGUUAUAAAUACUGCAAUAAACUGUUAAACCCCAGAG